AUGUGGGGAAUGGUCGAGCACCAAGUGAACGAACGACAGGUGGUGGUUGCCGCUGGAGCGCUUAGUGGUCUGUAUCUGGGAUACAAGCUGUUAGUUGCAGUGUACAAGGAGACGAAGAUCACAAAGGCACUGGACGCUCAGGGUCUGCACCGCCCCAAGUCGACGCUGCCGAUUCUAGGCAACACCCUGGACGUCAUGUUCUUCCAGAAAGACCGUCUACAAGACUGGAUGGCUGAGCAAAGUCAGAUAAGCGACGGCAAGCCCUGGGUGCUCAGUAUUGUCGGCCGUCCGCAAACCCUCAUAGUCACGUCCCCUGAAGCAUGCGAAGACAUUUUCAAGACGCAGUUUGAAAUUUUCGGCCGCGGUGACGAGCUUGUGGACCUGCAGCACGACAUAUUCGGCGAAGGUGUCGCAGGUGUGGAUGGUGAAAAGUGGCUCAAGCAGCGUCGCAUUGCCAGUCACAUGUUUUCUUUAAAGAUGCUGCGUGAUGUUAUGAACGAGGUCAUCAUUGAGAAGACCAUUAGACUUCGGGACGUGCUGGCUCAGUGUGCGCGAGAAGGUCGCGUGGUCCCGAUGAAGUCUCUACUAGGCAAGUUCUCCAGUGACGUAUUCACCAAGAUUGGUUUUGGUGUCGAUCUCCACGGUUUAGACGGAGAUAUCAACUCCGAAAUGGACCAUCCGUUCAUUGAAGCAGUCGACGGCUACGCGGAGGUCUUUGGUGCUCGCCUGCAGUCGCCGAUGUGGUUCUGGAAGCUCAAGCGUUUCUUGAACAUUGGCGACGAACGCAUGCUCAAGCGAUGCAUCAAGAUUGCCACGGACCUGCUGAACGAGGUCAUGCUGAAGUCCAUUGCAAAUAAGACUGCUGAGGACUGGAAAUCAAAGACAGACCUGCUCACACUGUUCGUGGAUCACACUGGCAACACGGACCCCUCUGACUUGCGUGACGCGAUGAUGAACUUCUUCCUGGCUGGCAAGGAGACCACAAGCUUUAGUAUGACAUGGAUCAUCGUGAACCUCAACCGCCAUCCUCGUGUACUAGCCAAGCUCCGUGCUCAGAUCCGCGAGAACCUGCCGGAGCUCAUGACGGGCGAGCUGCAGGUCCCUACGAUGGAGGACUUGCACAAAAUUCCGUAUAGUGAGGCUGUGCUUAAAGAAAGUCUACGGUUGUACAUGACGGGCGUUCACCGUGCGCCCACGCGGUCUACAACGCUCCGUGAAGGCACGUUCGUGCCGUUUGGAUCGUACGUAGUCGCGUCGGUGUACGCCGCCGCUCGCGUAAAGAAAGUGUGGGGUGAGGACGCCGCCGAGUUCAACCCGGAUCGUUGGAUUGACGAGGAAACCGGCAAGAUGAAGUCUGUCAAUCCGUUCCAGUUCAUCACGUUUGGUGGUGGUCCGCACCAGUGCAUUGGUAUGCGUUUCGCUUUGCUGGAGAUGCAGACUGUCAUAGCCGUGCUGUUCAGUCGGUUUGACAUCAAGACGGUGGAAGAUCCGUUCCAGAUCACCUAUGAUUACAGCGUGACGCUGCCUGUCAAGGGACCGCUUGAGUGCACAGUGCACGAAACGAGCGCCCCUGCAUUCUAA